AUGGAAGGAAGGUAUACCCAGUCCCAGGCUCAGGCGCAAAGCCAGAAACCAAAUAGGAAAGCCAAAGGCAAUCCCAAGGUCCAGAAUGAACCCGGGAAAGCUGUACAGAAAUCCAAGAUGAACCAUGGGAAGAAUGAGAAGCAGGCUUCCAGCCAAUCCGAGUCUAUUGACUAUGAAUUUAAUGGUAAACUUCAAGAAACUAAGCCUGCUUUCAAAACAAACCCCAACAUAAAGGCCCACAGCCCUGAGGAAGUAGAAAUUCAAAGGGCCAACCUCAAUGAAAAGGAUGAGGCCAAAAAACAGGAGAAGCCUGGUGAGUGUGAGCCCCCCACAGAGCAGGCCCCGGCAGUUAUUCCAAAUGGAGUUAAGCCCAAGCCUCCUGAUUCACCCAUUGAUAACCAAGAGGCUGGAAAGCCAGAUAACGAUGGAAGUGGAUCUGAGGAUGGCUAUAUCCUCCCUAAAAAAAGGAAGGCCAAACGCAAUGUCCCCAAGGUGGAGGAAAAUGUGAAUCUAAUGAAGGUCAGAACGAUGCCCCCGGGCCCCAGGGUCCCCCUACGGCAGAGCUUUGGGAACCUCAAACUUUAUCCUGGUGACCAAAGGGGCAUGAGAGUCAAUAGUCCAAAGUCUGCUUGGAAACCUGACAGGUGGGCAGUGGGGGCAGGCCGUGGCAGACCUGGGCCUGGGUAUAUGCAGGAGAAGGCCUUCAAUGCCACCCGUGACCCGAAGAGCCCAAAAGUGGACACGUUGCCCAGAACUACACCCACAGCCCCUGUCGUGCCCAAAGAAGAAGGCCGGGGCCUGGUCAAACAACCCACCGCUUUCUCAGUGAGCAACAGCAGUGUUGCCAAAGUUACUUAUGCCAGCAAAGUUAAACAAAACCUGUACAAGGUUCAGACCCCCUCCAUGCCCCUAGAAUCAUGCUUAGAAUCAGAAUUGUCACCAGAGUCUGGGACGGCACUUCCUGCAUCGUCUGCUAUCAUAGAGCCUCCCAUCCUGAUGCCUGGGCACAAACUCAGCCAAGUCCCUGUGUCUACCCCAAAAUCAGUUAAUCCUCCGGACUGUGUUAAUGGGCCUGAAAAAAGCACGAAUGUUGAGCGCAGCCAGGUCUUGCCUCUGGAAGCCCACCUGAUCAAGCGUCCCUCGCCUAGCCCCAAGUCAGCGAGCCACAAAAUGAAUCUAAAAUACCCAGCUGUAGCACCAAGCCUCUUUACCUGCCCCUCAAAUACGCCCAUUGCACCCACGGUCCUGAUGCCAAACAACGCACCCCCCCAGACAGAAGUCCAAAUGCUGAGGGAGAUCUUCCAAAAUGAGUGGGGUUUAUCUUUUUUCGGCCCCGAGAUUGCCCAAGGGAGAGCACCAGACCCAAAAGUCAUACACCCACCUGUGCCACCCAAGAAUCCCAGCCCUCUGGUUUCCCAGGAGACCUGUGUAGCUGAGCACGUGUCGUUUCCCCAAACCGAUGAUAUGGGCAAAAGGCCUGACCCUCAAAGUUUGGGGGACAUCAAGCCAACUGUCCCGAAGAGAGAGAAAAAAGCCUUAACACAGGAGCCCAGUCCUAGAGAUGAUGACCCACAGCAAGCAGACUCCAGGAGCCAUGGGACAGUCACACUUCUCCCCAGUAAUGACAAGACAGAGCAUCCAGAGCCCUCUCCCACAAGCCCUUUCUCUGACCCCACCUUGAAAGGUUUAGGGCAGAAAACUGCCUGGGAGCCAUUUGAUGCCAGGGCUGCUAUUGAAUACCACAUGACCACAAUGAAAUCUAUUCUAGAAACUCAAAAGCAAGAUCCCCAAAGUAUAAUUAUUUAUGAUGAGUCCAUGGACAAUCGAUCAUCAUAA